AUGAGCGCUUUUGUGAGUGAUCACGCUCUGGUUCGAGCGGAGCCUCUCAAUCCGCGCGAUGCUUUUUUCGGUGGUCGCACGGAAAACAUGGUCACUCUGUACGAUGUGAAAGACGGGGAGCAGAUACGAUAUGUUGACGUUUGCUCUUUGUACCCAUACAUCUGCAAGUACGGUAAAUAUCCGGUGGGCCAUCCAACGGUAUACGUCGGCGACGAGUGCAGGGCGUUGACAGGUCCCGAAAAUAAUAUCAGUCUUUCCCGCGUCGAGGGCCUUGUUAAAUGUACAGUGCUUCCACCGCAAAAUCUUUAUCAUCCGGUGCUGCCGGUGCGAAUGCACCAGCGCCUGUUAUUCGGGUUAUGUCGUAGCUGCUGCGAAACAAUGAACCAGGACGCGUGUCCUCAUGAAGACCCCGCGGAGCGUGUAUUUAGCGGUACAUGGGUGGUGGAUGAAUUGCGAAAAGCUAUUGCGUGCGGGUAUAAAAUAUUAACCGUGAGCGAGAUUUGGCAGUAUGAGAUAACGCAGUACAACCGCGAUACACAGGAGGGGGGCCUUUUCACCGGGUACAUAAACACUUUUCUUAAAAUCAAACAAGAGGCUAGCGGUUGGCCCGAGGGUUAUACAGGUGAUGAGGCUGCCCAAGACCGUUAUAUAACUUCUUUUAAGACAGCCGAAGGGGUUCAGCUGGAGCGUAGUGCGGUAGCGAAAAACCCGGGGCUGCGCUCGGUAGCCAAACUUUGUCUUAACUCCUUUUGGGGUAAAUUUGGACAACGCGAAAAUUUACCUCAAACAGAAAUAGUGUCGACACGCGAAAAACUUAUGGAGUUGCUAAACAGCCCCGAGCACGAGAUCACUGGUAUGCUACCUGUUAACAACCAGGUGCUGUAUAUUAAUUAUACGAAAACCGAUGAUGCUGUAAUACCGUCUAAUAUAGCAAAUACUGUCAUAGCUGCAUACACCACAGCCCAAGCCCGUUUAAAACUUUACACCUAUCUCGAACCGCUGGGUGAGCGUGCUCUGUACUGCGACACCGAUUCCGUUAUUUAUGUCACGAGAAAAGAGCCUGGAGAGUAUGAACCGCCAACGGGUCAAUUGCUAGGGGAUUUAACCGACGAGCUAAGCUCUUACGGCGAGGGCAGUUGCAUUAAGUCUUUCAUCUCAGGCGGCCCUAAAUUUUAUUCUUUCAUAGUUAAUACACCGAGCAGCGCGGAAAGCGAGGUUUGCAAGGUUAAAGGUCAAUUACAUGGUUUUGCCUAG